AUGUCCAAAAAAAAACUUUCCACUCUCAAUAACCAACAUAGAGUUGGCUCAAGUGCCGAUGACGAAGGACGGAGAACAAAAAUAGAUAGAGUAGAGAACAUAGAGGGUAGCGCAACAAUUAAGAGAGAAUACAUAACUAAAUCGAGGGAGCUCCUCCUCCGCCGCCGUGCCGCCGCCCUUGCCGCUUUAGAUGCCGGCCUCUUCACGGAGGCGAUUAGACACUUUUCCAAGAUAUUAGAGGGUCGCCGCCCGGCCCCACAGGCGUUUCUUGCGGAGUCUUACCUUCACCGGGCCUCUGCUUAUAAAUCAGCGGGCCGGACUGCUGAGAGUAUUGCUGACUUAAACCGGGCCCUUGCAUUGGAACCGACCUCAACCGUGGCCCUACAAUCACGGGCCGGGUUGUUUGAGUUCAUUGGGUGUAUUACUGAUUCUGUUCAUGAUCUUGAACAUGUGAAGUUGAUUUAUAAUUCUAUUUUAAGAGACCGUAAACCACCGGGCCCAGUGUGGAAACCGAGGGCGGUUCCGUAUAGAGAAAUUCCGGGCCGGCUUUGUUCUCUGGGUUCGAAAAUUCAGCAAUUGAAGCAGAGGAUUGCAAUGGGGGAGACAGGCAAUGUGGAUUAUUUUAAGUUGAUUGGGUUAAGGAGGGGUUGUUCGAGGUCCGAAUUGGACCUGGCUCAUUUGUUGUUAGUUUUGAGGCAUAAACCCGAGAAGUCAAUGAGUUUUUUUGUGUUUUAGUUAGGGAUGCGGUUG